GAAGACUUCACUUUUUGUGGGAGAACCACCUGGGAGAAAUGUCUGAAAGGUGUGCUAUAUCACCCAUAUUGCCUACCAUCCUGUUUGCUGCCAUCAUCUUCCUUGUAUGUGGAGAUGGCAUAAUCUACAAAGUAUCAAUUCGAACAGUAUCCAUAGAUGAGAAAAGAAAUUCAAACUCAACAAUUAAGUGCAUAUCACAACUGCAAAUUAAGCCAACCUUAGUUGGAGAGCCACUGCAGUCCUCACCAGAAAACAGAGAUGAUGAUGAUAGUGAAACUUUUGAUUCUUUAGUAGUUCCAUCGAAUCUUUCAGCAAAAGAAGCAAGAAUUGAUUGGUUUAUGAAGCACCUUCCUGACUUUCGAAUUUUGCAGUCAAACAACUUGACGCAGCAGUUUCAUAAUCGACUUCUGGAGUUUCUCAGCCAUGAGUGUGGGACACAAUUCUUCAUGACAUGGGUAUCUCCAGCAAGGUCUUUCAGGGAAAGAGAACUGAUGGCAGCAGAAAGUGUUUUUAAGUCUCAUCCCCGCGGAUGCUUAACUAUUCUAUCAAGAACGCUGGAUUCAGAAAGAGGCUGCAAGAUUCUUAAACCUCUACUUGAUCAUGGGUUUAAAAUUCAGGCAAUCACACCGGACUUGCCUUUUCUAUUCAAAAGCACUCCGGUUGAGGCUUGGUUUGAUGAGAUGAAGAGUGGAAAAAAGGACCCUGGUCAGAUUCCAUUAGCUCAGAAUCUAUCUAACCUAAUGAGACUUGCAGUUUUAUACAAGUAUGGAGGUGUUUAUAUAGAUACAGAUUUCAUUGUUUUGAAGUCUUUCAUGGGGUUAAAGAACGCUAUUGGUGCACAAAGUAUUGAUCCGGUAUCUAAGAACUGGACAAUACUGAAUAACGCUGUUCUUGUUUUUGAUAAGAAGCAUCCACUUCUAGAGAAAUUCAUGGAAAAUUUUGCAUCAAAUUUUGAUGGGAACAGAUGGGGAUAUAAUGGACCUUUUCUGGUCUCCAGAGUAAUAGCAAAGGUAACAGGAGCCAGAGCUAGACCUGGUUUCAACGUCACUGUAUUGCCACCAGCAGCGUUCUACCCAGUGGACUGGAUUAAGAUUGGUGAGCUUUUUAAGAAGCCAGAAAACAGAGCUGCCGCAAGCUGGGCAAAAGCAAAACUAGCUCAGCUAAAUAACGAGACUUAUGGAAUUCACCUAUGGAACAAGCAGAAAUGCACUUACUCCAAGGCUAACCUUUGAAGGUAUCAAGGAUUUUACCCAGAGGUAUUACUCAAAGGCCAUUGACCUUAGUAAACGAGACUACAACUCUGGAGGCUCUAUACUGUAGCUUCUCUUUGCUAGGUGUUUUAAGAGUUUGGAUCUUCUCCAUUGUAUUCAUUUACUAAUUUUCUAUAUUGUCAUGAUUAGAAAUAUUAUUCUCUGAUAGUAGAAAAAUAGUAAACUGUACUUUAAAGGGCAGCAGGUAUCAUGUUUAGAUGAUUAAUCU